UCCACUGGACCCUUCUCCUCUUCGCUAAAACCACAGUAGAGAGAGAAACGCUUGUGUCGUGCUCCUCCUCUCCAUCUUCUCCCCUACCUCGACGAUGCGGAAGCGCGAUCUCGGCAUCCUCCUCCUCGCCGCUUUCGCCAUUUUCUUCUCUCUACAGCAUGAGGGGGACUUUUCAUUCAAGGAGGCUUGGUUCCAUCUCUCUGAUGAGUAUCCGAUCAAGUAUGAGGCUGAGCGCCUCCCCCCACCUGUAGUAGUCGAUCUCAAUGGCGACGGGAAGAGCGAGGUACUUGUCGCAACACACGAUGCGAAGAUUCAGGUUUUAGAGCCUCAUAAUAGACGUGUAGAUGAAGGGUUCAGUGAAGCACGGGUCCUUGCUGAGGUCUCUUUGUUGCCUGACAAAGUCCGCAUAGCUUCCGGAAGACGACCUGUCGCGAUGGCUGCAGGUGUUGUUGAUCGUUCAUAUAAGCACGGAGAAAUAAGGAAGCAGGUCUUUGUUGUUGUCACAUCUGGCUGGUCAGUUAUGUGUUUUGAUCACAACCUCAAAAAGCUUUGGGAAAAUAAUUUGCAGGAGGACUUUCCUCAUGGUGCUCACCACAGGGAGAUUGCAAUUUCAAUAAGCAAUUACACAUUAAAGCAUGGAGAUGCAGGAUUGGUUAUUGUAGGAGGGAGAAUGGAAAUGCAACAUCAUACCUCCGCAGAUCUAUUUGAGGAAUUUAUGAUGUCGGAGAAUGAUGGUGAGCUGCAUCAUAGAAUUGCCAAUGAAAAAGAGGUCUCAGGGAAUGGUACUGUGGAUCUGCGCCAUUUUGCAUUUUAUGCUUUUGCUGGUCGGACUGGCACUUUAAGAUGGAGUCGGAAGAGUGAAAACAUCCAGGCACAACCAUCAGAUGCAUCAAUGUUGAUUCCGCAGCAUAACUACAAGCUUGACGUCCAUGCUCUCAAUAGUCGUCAUCCUGGAGAGUUUGAGUGUAGAGAAUUCAGAGAAUCAAUUCUUGGUGUAAUGCCUCAUCAUUGGGAUAGGCGGGAGGAUACUUCGCUACACUUGGCUCAUUUUAGGAGGCAUAAGAGGAAAUCUUUGAAGAAAACACCAGGAAAAACUGUUGCAACUACUUUACAUAAGCCGGUUGAGCACAACCCACUUGGGAAGGAUCGUUCCAAUAAAAUUGCCAAAGCGAUUGGGAAAGCUGCAGAUUAUGCUGGCUCAGCAAAAUCCAAGAAGAAGUCACUUUAUAUUCCUACCAUAACUAAUCAUACUCAAGUUUGGUGGCUUCCUAAUGUGGUUGUGGCACACGAGAAGGAAGGAAUAGAGGCUGUUCAUCUUGCUUCUGGACGCACCAUAUGCAAGCUUCAUCUAACGGAGGGAGGGCUUCAUGCAGAUAUUAAUGGAGAUGGUGUUUUGGAUCAUGUUCAGGUGGUUGGGGGCAAUGGAGCUGAACAAACUGUUGUUAGUGGCUCUAUGGAAGUGCUGAAACCGUGUUGGGCAGUUGCGACCUCAGGUGUACCAGUGAGAGAGCAACUCUUCAAUGCUUCUAUCUGCCAUUACAAUCACUUCAAUCUGUUCCCGCAUGGAGAUUUUGCAAGAAGCUUUGGAAGGACUUUUGACACAAGCACUUUGGAGGUGGCUACUCCGAUCCUUGUAGGUAGAGAUGAUGGGCACAAGCAUCGGAGAGGGAGCCAUGGAGAUGUCGUCUUUUUGACAAAUCGAGGAGAGGUAACAUCAUACACCCCUGGUUUACACGGCCACGAUGCCAUCUGGCGCUGGCAAUUGUCAACCGGUGCGACCUGGUCGAACCUCCCAUCUCCGUCUGGAAUGACAGAAAGUGCGGUGGUUCCCACCCUCAAAUCUUUUUCCCUCCGAUCUCAUCACCAUGAUAAAGAAGUCAUAAUCGCGGCGGGUGAUCAAGAAGCUGUUGUAAUAUCCCCCGGCGGAAGCAUAUUAACCUCGAUCGAGUUGCCCGCGCCUCCCACCCAUGCAUUACUCCUAGAGGAUUUCUCUGGAGACGGCCUUACUGAUAUUAUUCUAGUAACUUCUGGAGGGGUUUAUGGGUUCGUUCAGACCCGCCAGCCCGGCGCCCUCUUCUUCAGCGCACUCGUGGGUUGCCUAAUUGUUGUCAUGGGAGUAAUAUUUGUCUCUCAGCAUCUAAAUUCCAUCAACAAGGGGAAGCCCAGGGCUUCAACUGAUUACAGGUAGCGUGUUCUACCGGGCUAUUUACGGUACGCGGAUUAAAUACCCAAGGAGUAACCUAUCAUCUUCUCUUGAAACUUUUUCCUUGUUGGGUUAUAUUGUUAUAGAGGAGAAUAUAUGGUUGAUACUGUUGAUAUACUAUAGAAGCUUUUAGCUUUUCCCUCUUUUUGCCUCAACUAGGGUACCAUCACAGGGCUGCUUGUGUUUAAUCAUGAUACUGAAGCAUUUGGAAGACAAAUUGCCAUACAAAUUUUUGUCCUUUGCUAAGUGUAACCCUCACAACAGGAUAUUUGUGUUGUUUUUACAAAUUUGGGUGACAGUGAUCUGCUUUUGGAAUGGAAAGAUAAUAGGUUGUUUAUUUA